AUGCCCACGCUCGAGCGCUGCCUCCUUCUACAGAUGACGGCACAGUUUAGGAAUAGUCUCGCCUGGCGCGUCUUCGGUUACUUGGUCAUCGCCAGCGAUCCGACGGUCCGGAACAGCUUCUUUGCUCUGCUUUCAAAGGGAGAUUUCAUUGCAAUUACUCCUGAUAUGCUCGCGCACUACUUUCUGCUCGAAGCGCUCGGGCUGUCGCUGUCCUUCGCGUAUUUUGCUUUGCUCGAAGACGGUGCGCGGGCGGCUCUCGGCGUCCUGGGCGGAGCGCUCGCGCUGGGACCCGCGCCGGCUGUGGCGCUGUAUCUGGCUUCCCGAGAGCGCCGAAUUCACGCUGCUGUGGAGAAGGAGCAAGGCGCAGCCGAAAGUGUACACUAG